AUGUUGACGGCCUGGCUUUCCCGGGACGGAAGUGUUGGAUACGUGGAGUACGUGAACUACACUUCCCAGAAGUCCAUAAGGGAGCAACGCAAGCCCCGCCUUUAUUUCCCGAACAGAGUUCUGCAGUACAAUUCCAUGCAUCAUUUGGAGACCGAAUCGGUGACAUUCAAGGACGUGGCUGUGGUCUUCACUGAGGAGGAGCUGGAGCUGCUGGACCCCGCCCAGAAGAGACUGUACCGAGAUGUGAUGGUGGAGAACUUCCGGAACCUGGUCUCAGUGGGAGACGAGAACCCAAGACCCAUGGAGACUGUCCCACAAGCAGCAGCCCAGGAAGAGCUUUCCAGCACCUACAUCUGGCAACAAAUAACAAAUGACUUCACCAGGGGUCCAGGAUCUAAGAUAAAUAGGUCUCAGUUCUACCAAAAGGGUGACUCGCCCUCUCUGGAACAUCAGAGGAACCACACAAGGGAGACAACAUUCAAAUACGAUGCCUAUAAGAACUUCUGUGCUAGCGUAGCCGUUGCUGCUCACUGCUUGGUUCCUGCAGAAGAGAAGAAGCCUUACAAAUGUGAGGAGUGUGGGAAAGGCUUCGCUUGUGCUUCCUAUCUUUACACGCACCAGACGACUCACACAGGAGAAAAACCUUACCAUUGUGAACAAUGUGGUAGGAGCUUCAUUCAUCUUUUGCAAUUUCAGACCCAUCAGAGAGUCCAUACUAGGAAGAGACCAUACACAUGCAACGUGUGUGGAAAAGCCUUCAUUUACAGGUCCAAUUUGCAUUCCCAUCAGGGAGUCCACACUGGAAAGAGACCGUACAAAUGUGAAGAGUGUGGGAAGAGCUUUAGUCAGAGUUCAUAUCUUAAAAUCCAUCACAGGGCCCAUAGUGUGGAGAAACCUUAUAAGUGUGAGGAGUGUGGGCAAAGUUUCAACCAGAGAUCACGCCUUCAAAUGCACCAGCUGAUCCAUACUGGUGAGAAACCCUAUAAAUGUGAAGAGUGUGGGAAAGGCUUCAAUCGCAGGUCAGAUCUUAAGAUUCACUGUAGAAUCCACACAGGAGAGAAGCCCUAUAAUUGUGAGGAGUGUGGGAAGGGCUUCAGUCAAGCGUCUCAUCGUCUGACACAUCAGAGAAUCCACAGUGGCGAAAAACCAUUCAGAUGUGAAGAGUGUGGGAAGAAAUUCAGUCGAAGUUCACAUCUUGAUGCUCAUCAAACAGUGCAUAAUGGAGAAAAGCCACACAAAUGUGAAAAAUGUGGGAAAAGCUUCAUCUACAGGUCCAAUUUGCAUUCCCAUCAGGGAGUCCACACUGGGGAGAAACCGUACAAAUGUGAGGAGUGUGGGAAGUGUUUCAGGAUGAAAAUUCAAUAUAAGCAAGGGAGCCUGUUCAUAUCGACUGACCAGAGUCCAUGAAUCCUCGGCUCAGAGCUGAACCGAACAGCCUGGAGCCCAGCUUUCUAGCCUUUGAGUACACUAAGAAUAAUUCUGCAUCCGGUUUUACUAGAGCCAAUCACCUGUCAUGCUUGGAGCAGGGAUCGAACCCAGAUCGCCCUUAGCCCCAAUAAUCACGAAGUCCACAUCUAUAAGAAGAACAGGAGCCAGUGGGUGGCAGCUCAUGAACUCAAGGAACACAACAGACAUAUGACAGGUGUCGACUGGGUCCCCAGGAGCAACCGCAUCGUCACUUGUGGGGCAGACCACAACGCGAUGUAUGUCUGGAGUCAAAAAGAUGGUGUCUGGAAGUCCAUCGUGGUGAUCCUGAGAAUUAACCGCAUGGCCACUUUUGUGAGGUGGUCACCACUGGAGAACAAAUUUGCCGUGGGAAGUGGAGCACGGCUCAUCUCUCUCUGUUACUCCGAGUCUGAAAAUGACUAGUGGGUAAACAAGCCGAUCCUCUCCACGGUCCUCAGCUUGGACUGACAUCCCAACAAUGUUUUGCUGGCAGCAGGCUUAUGUGACUUCCAAUGCAGCGUGUUUUCUGCCUACGUUAAAGAAGUGGAUGAGAAGCCGGCCAGUACACCAUGGGGCAGCAAGACGCCUUUUGGUCAGCUGAUGUCAGAGUUUGGUGGCAGCGGCCGUGGUGGCUGGGUGCACAGGGUAAGCUUCCCCGCCAGUGGGAGUCGCCUGGCCUGGGUCAGCCACGACAGCACUGUGUCUGUUGCCAACACCUCAAAGAGUGUGCAGGUUUCAACUCUGAAAACCGAGUUCCUGACGCUUUUGAAUGUAUUGUUUGUCUUGGAGAACAGCGUCGUGGCUGCUGGUCAUGACUGCCUCCCAUGCUCUUUAAUUAACUACAAUGGUGACUGCUUGACCUUCGUCUCCAAACUGGUUCCCAAACAGAGCAUCCAGCGCAACAUGGCAGCCAUGGAGCACUUUUGUAAUAUGGACAAGCGGGCCACCACUGAGGACCGCAACCCAGCCUUGGAGACACUGCACCAGGGCAGCAUCACUCAUGUCUAUGAGGUAAACAAGCAAGACUGCCGUAAAUUCUGCACUACCGGCAUCGAUGGCUCCAUGACAAUUUGGGAUUUUGAGACCGUAGAAUCUUCCAUCCAGGGCCUUUGGUUAAUAUGA